AUGGCUACAAUCUUGUUCAAGGUCAUAAUGAUGAAGGAGUUAAUCCUAUUGGAGGAAGGAUGGUCUGUCAUGAAGACUGGUGUUGCAAAGCUACAAAGGAUUCUAGAAGAUUUGUCUGAGCCACCGUUUGACCCCGGUCAAUAUAUCAAUCUGUACACGAUUAUCUACGAUAUGUGUCUCCAACAACCUCCUAAUGAUUACUCACAAGAGCUUUAUAAUAAGUAUCGUGGAGUGGUUGAUCAUUACAAUAAAGAAACUGUUUUGCCGUCUAUGAGGGAGAGGCAUGGUGAAUAUAUGCUGAGAGAGCUUGUUAAGAGAUGGGCUAACCAUAAAAUUCUGGUUAGAUGGUUAUCUCGCUUCUGCUUUUAUCUUGACCGUUUCUAUGUUGCUCGGAGAGGUCUUCCAACACUGAAUGAUGUUGGCUUCACAUCCUUUCACGACCUAGUUUAUCAAGAGAUACAGUCCGAGGCCAAAGAUGUGCUACUAGCACUUAUUCAUAAAGAACGUGAAGGCGAACAGAUUGAUAGAACACUAGUGAAAAACGUAAUAGAUGUCUAUUGUGGGAAUGGGGUUGGACAGAUGGUAAUAUACGAAGAGGAUUUUGAAAGCUUCUUGCUUCAAGAUACUGCAUCUUACUAUUCUCGCAAGGCCUCAAGGUGGAGCCAGGAGGAUUCUUGUCCUGAUUACAUGCUAAAGGCUGAAGAGUGUCUUAAAUUGGAGAAGGAAAGAGUCACUAACUACCUUCAUUCUACCACUGAGCCCAAACUAGUUGAGAAAGUACAAAAUGAAUUGUUGGUAGUGGUUGCAAAACAGCUUAUAGAAAAUGAGCACUCUGGGUGCCUUGCAUUGUUAAGAGAUGACAAGAUGGGUGAUCUCUCGAGGAUGUACAGGCUUUAUCGUCUAAUCCCGCAAGGGUUGGAACCUAUUGCAGACUUAUUCAAGCAGCAUGUUACUGCAGAAGGAAAUGCCCUUAUCAAACAAGCCGCCGACGCAGCUACUAAUCAAGAUGCAAGUGCUAGUCAGGUGCUUGUCAGAAAAGAGAUUGAACUACACGAUAAAUACAUGGUCUAUGUAGAUGAGUGUUUUCAGAAACACAGCCUCUUCCAUAAGCUAUUAAAAGAGGCGUUUGAAGUCUUCUGUAACAAAACAGUGGCUGGAGCGUCCAGUGCAGAAAUACUUGCAACCUAUUGUGAUAAUAUCCUCAAGACCAGAGGUGGAAGUGAGAAGCUUAGUGAUGAAGCUACUGAAAUUACGCUUGAGAAAGUAGUUAAUUUGCUUGUUUAUAUAAGUGACAAGGAUCUUUUCGCCGAGUUUUACAGGAAGAAACAAGCUCGUCGGCUCUUAUUUGAUCGCAGCGGAAUCAUGAAAGAAGUGACGGAUAUAACAUUGGCAAGAGAACUCCAAACCAACUUCGUGGAUUAUUUAUCAGCAAACAUGACAACAAAGCUGGGGAUUGAUUUUACUGUCACUGUUCUUACUACUGGUUUUUGGCCAAGUUACAAAACAACAGACCUUAAUCUACCCACUGAAAUGGUCAACUGUGUUGAAGCUUUUAAGGUCUUUUAUGGAACAAAAACCAAUUCCAGGAGACUUUCAUGGAUUUAUUCUCUUGGAACUUGUCACAUUCUUGGAAAAUUCGAGAAAAAAACAAUGGAGUUAGUCGUUUCCACGUACCAGGCUGCUGUGCUUUUGCUCUUCAACAACGCAGAGAGAUUAAGCUACACCGAGAUUUCAGAGCAGCUAAACCUCAGCCAUGAAGAUCUUGUCAGGCUGCUUCAUUCACUGUCAUGCUUAAAGUACAAGAUUCUUAUAAAGGAACCAAUGUCGAGAACCAUCUCGAAAACCGAUACUUUCGAAUUCAACUCCAAGUUCACAGAUAAGAUGCGGAAGAUUAGGGUGCCUUUGCCUCCAAUGGAUGAGAGGAAGAAAGUAGUUGAAGAUGUUGAUAAAGAUAGACGCUAUGCAAUAGAUGCAGCUCUUGUUCGGAUCAUGAAGAGUAGAAAAGUGUUGGCGCAUCAACAGUUAGUCUCUGAAUGUGUUGAGCAUCUUAGCAAAAUGUUCAAGCCUGAUAUAAAGAUGAUAAAGAAACGGAUUGAGGACUUGAUCAAUAGAGAUUAUUUGGAGAGGGAUACAGAAAAUGCCAACACUUUCAAGUAUGUAGCUUAG